AUUUCGGUUUCAUUUUGUUUUGAUAUAGUACCUUAAGCUUUGUGAAUGACUGUUUUAGUCGGCUGGGCCAUGCUUGGCACCAAGCUAGGCGGGCUAUGUUGCCGAGUUGUAGGUGCAUCACAAGCACUGUUGGCUGAGAGAAGUUCGCAUACAGUUUGGUACCCGGAUGCCAAAUUCGAGAGACAAUUCAAGAGCGCUGGAGGAAUGGGGAAACUAUGGAUGAAUGAAAAGUACGAUGAGUACGAUAAAGCCAUUGGUUUGGACAAACUCGAGAAACUAGCUUAUGAGAUGCCAGUAUUUUCGGACUCAUAUGAAGGCAAGCAUCGUGAAAAACAACUUGAGAAUAUGAUCCUGAACUUUGGCCCACAACACCCUGCAGCUCACGGUGUGCUUCGGCUUGUACUGAAACUGGAAGGCGAGGUAGUCAUCAAAGCGAUACCUCAUAUUGGUCUCCUUCAUCGAGCGACGGAGAAAUUGAUCGAAUAUAAAACUUACACUCAGGCUGUACCGUAUUUUGAUCGGCUGGAUUAUGUCUCGAUGAUGUGCAAUGAACAGGGCUUUGCUCUAGCUGUCGAAAAGCUGCUGGGUAUUGAAAUUCCACCACGGGCAAAGUAUAUCCGCACAUUGUUCGCUGAACUCACUAGGCUUCAGAAUCAUAUUAUGGGCAUAACUACGCAUGCUCUCGAUGUUGGCGCUAUGACUCCGUUUUUCUGGAUGUUCGAAGAAAGGGAGAAGCUGUUCGAGUUUCAAGAACGUGUCUCGGGUGCGCGAAUGCAUGUGAAUUACAUCCGUCCAGGAGGUGUAGCGUGGGAUCUUCCUCUCGGGUUAAUGGAUGACAUUUACGACUGGGCCGUGAAGUUUCCCGAAAGGAUCGAUGAGUUGGAAGACAUGCUUACUGAAAACAGGAUCUGGAAAGCAAGAACAGUUGAUAUAGGACUUGUUUCCGCCGCGGAUGCAUUGAACUGGGGUUUUAGUGGCGUUAUGCUGCGAGGAUCAGGAAUCAAGCAAGAUGUUCGCAAAACCCAACCCUAUGAAGUCUACGAUCAAAUGGAAUUUGAUGUUCCAGUCGGAAUUAAGGGAGAUUGUUACGAUAGAUACCUAUGUCGCGUUGAGGAAAUGAGACAGUCUUUGAGAAUAGUUCUUCAAUGUCUCAACAAAAUGCCCGCUGGUGAAGUGAAGGUCGAUGACCAUAAAGUUGUUCCUCCAAAACGAGCCGAGAUGAAGGACUCGAUGGAAUCGCUAAUCCAUCAUUUUAAAUUUUUUACGGAGGGGUAUCAAGUUCCACCUGGAGCAUCCUAUGUUCCGAUCGAAGCGCCAAAAGGAGAAUUUGGAGUUUAUCUUGUAGCUGACGGCACCAGCAAGCCUUACAGAUGUUACAUCCGCGCUCCUGGAUUCCCGCAUUUGGCUGCUAUACACGACAUUUGCUACAUGGCAUUGAUAGCUGAUGUUGUUGCAGUCAUCGGAACUUUGGAUAUUGUUUUUGGCGAAGUGGAUCGAUAGUCCCAGCUUGUAUGCUAAAGUCUUGUAUUGUAUUGAUUUAGUGUGUAGGGUAGAGAAUGGAAAUGCACCUCAGAGUUUCGCUGGUGUUCACUGAUCUAAUGUUAUUGAAUACCUCAAUAAAUAUCAAAGUACACCC